CAAGCAUCAGAUUUCUCGCUGUGAGAGAGAGGGGGGGAUAGCGCUCGCUUUAUUGAGAGAGACGGAGAGAGAGAGGGCGAGGGAGAAACAACUCUGGACGACUGAAGACUUGCUGCUUCCACAAAUACAUAACGACAGAAACACCUAAAGAAAAACAGCUAAAUACAACUGUAAAAGUUACAGAUCGAGCCAUGGACGGGAUGGCAGCAUUUGGACGCGCUUCGCUCUCGUGCACCUUGCUGCUUUGCUUUUCAUUGCAAGUGUGCUGGGCCGUCGUGACAGUGACAGUGACUCCCAAGGUGGAGGUGAUCAAGGGAGAGUCAGCCAGUCUGCCCUGCACCUUCAAAAUCCCUCCCACCCCGAACAAAAUCGUGGAGUGGUUCAUUGAGGAGGGUGGCACCAGGAAGCGUGUUGCGUUCCGCUCCGUGUCGGGCGGAGAGGGGAAGAGUGAUGAGGGGACACGUCUGUCCGACAGAGUGACCAUGGGAAGGGACUUCUCUCUGAACAUCUCCCCCGUGGCGGUGGAGGACCAGCUGCCCUACUACUGCCAGGUCACUGCUGGCCCUGCCGGGGUUGGAGAGGCCAUCACACAGCUCAAAGUCUUCUUCGCUCCAGAGAUGCCAGAGGUCACUGGAUCCAACCAGGCCAUAUCUGUAGGAGACUCCUCCACACAGGUGGGCCAGUGUGUGAGCCAUAACGGUCACCCCCAGCCCAGGAUCAUCUGGUUCCAGGACUCCAAGCCUCUGCCUGAGGUCAAGGACAACAAAGAGAAGGUGUACAUGGUGCCAUCAGUGGUAAAGGAAGCAUCAGGUCUGUUCACCAUCACCAGCACCCUGAUGAUGCAGCCCCAGAAGGCUGACAAGGACAGCGUAUACCACUGCACCGUGGAGUACAGCAUGCCCAACGACAUGAUCAAACAGAUCGACUCUGACACCUUCUCCCUCACCCUCAACUAUCCCUCUGAGACAGCGACCUUUGUCCUGGUGAACACUGAGCCAAUCAGAGAGGGUGACGAGGUGAAGAUGAUGUGUGAGACAGACGGAAACCCUCAGCCUGAGAUUGAGUUCUUUAAGGAUGGGAUAAACAUUAAGGAAGGAGUAGCAGGGGGACUUUUGACUCUGAAGUCCGUCAAGCGUUCGGAUGCUGGGGUGUACAAGUGUAUGGCCACCGACUUUGAUAACCUGGAUGCUGAUCUUAAUGGAGAAGUCACCCUCUCUGUCCACUACAUUGACCCAAUGAGUGUGAGGCCUGCUGGUCCAUUGUCGACAAUGACGGGAGACAUGGUGGAGCUACAGUGUAAGACCAAGGCCUCAGACUCACACACCGUCCAGUGGAAGAAGGGCUCCACGGUGCUGUCCCAGACUGGUGUCUUGUCUCUGAAGUCGGUGACAUUCGCUGAAGCUGGCGAGUACUCCUGUGUGGGCGCAGUGCCCUCUGUGCUUGGGCUCACCUCCAAGGCCAGCGUCAAUCUCACCGUCUCAGGUAAACCUGAGAUUGAUGCAGCUGUUGAUGGAAUGGUGGAGAAGGAGGGAGACAUGGUGACUCUGUCCUGCUCUGCUCACGGACAUCCUGCCCCACAGUUCACCUGGACACCCUCAGGAAAGGAGUCAGUGUUGGUGAAGGAUAACAAGGUGGUCAGUAUGGUCAUGCUGGAGGCCAGUGCUGCAGUCCUGAAGGACGGGGUCACCUGCGAGGCCAGUAACGACCACGGCGCAGCCUCCCAGGUCUUCAAAGUCACCAUCAAACAAGCCGUCGAUCCCAACGCAGCCAAUGAUGCAGGCAGAGGGAACCAUGUGCUUAAAACAGCUGAUAAGCAGCAGGGUGGCUCCAGUGGCGUGGUGAUAGCCGUGGUGGUGUGUGUCCUAAUGCUGCUGCUGCUGGUGGCACUCCUAUACUUCCUCAACAAGAAGGGCAAGCUGCCCUGCAGCAAGAAGGACAAUAAGGAAGUGGCAAGUGGGGAUGUGAAUAAUGACAUUGUGGUGGAGAUGAAGACAGAAAAGGCCAAUGAAGAGGCUGGCCUCCUGAACAAGCCAGGAGCACAGCAGUGAGGAACAGAGGAGAAUAUGACACAAGAAGACAGAAAGAGAGGGAUGAAGGGAUGGAUGAAAAACGACAGCAGGGCUUGUCGGACUGAGGGAGAAAAGACGGUGGAAUGGAAGGGUGUUUUUGUAGGGAUGCGGGGAACCUGUUGGGGGAGGGGGGGGGUAUUUAAACAUGAGACCUAAUACAUCACUGAACAUCAUCAUGACAUUAUCAGAGUGUAAUCCCUUUCCACCAAUCACAACUCUUGGUUGACAACUCUCACAACUCUUGGUGUAGAAUAGAGCUGUACAGUAAACGUGUCCAACAUGACUCUAGCCACAGUAACUCUACCCCAAUCCAAACAGAAAAUGCCAUUGUGUUGCAGGAGUGUAUGUGCGUGUGAGCGUGUGUUUGUGAGUGUGUGCUGUAUUGCUUUGUGUAUCUGAGCUGUGGGUUGUUCUUCGUUCAGUCAGUGUAGAACUGGAUGUGUCUGUUCUGUGUGGAGUCUGCAUCUAGCCCAUUCUGAUGGACAUGGGGAAAACACAAACUGUCAUCCUACUCUAUUCAUCCCUAUGCUGAUUAUUGUGUCACUCUGAAUUCUAUCCCGUAACAUAGAGAUUGACCGUGCCUACUGUUACAUCAAACUUAAUGAUCAUAUUGCAGAUGUGCUUUCUGACAAACCUUUUCAGUCAAACAGGGCAAGCAAGGCCCACUUAUACAAGUCAAAAGUCAUUCCAGCCUAAAUCCACUCCGGCCUUCUGAUAAGAGCCUAUACUGUAUAUAAUUCUAGACUGUUCUAAGGAGGAACUUACCCCUAUCUCCCUGUUUGCUUUGGUCCUGGCCAGAGUCCUCUCUUUACAGGAUGACAUGAAAUAGAAGACUCUAGUCCCUGUGUAUCAAUUCAUUGUUUAGUUUUUCAUUUCAAAUCUAGAAUGUUUAUUCAUUUAUUCAAAUUCCUUUCAGCUGUUACCUUAGCAACAGCCGAGACAAUUUCUAACUUCCUGAUCCCUUCCUGUGUAAAUGUAUUUUUUUCUCAAACCAAAAAGCAACAAAAAUACAAGCUAUUCGGUGUACAAAUUAGUUCCAAAAUGUUGACGAAAUGUUUAUUAUGUAUCAGGUCAUUUGUUUUAUUCUUUUUGUUGCUCUGUCUCUGCAAAUGGAAUACUGUAUAACCUGUCAAUCAAAUGGAGGCUUACUGCAUACGUGAGGUGAAUCUGAAUGAAUCUGUGUGUGUUUACUGUGUCGUUAGAGACCUGACCCUGCUACAGCGCUCGCCGUAUUUCAUAGCCUACUGUCCUUCUCUGAGCAAAGCCAUUUUCAGAAACACAACACUCCCUGUUACGCUCAGCUCACCCAAUUAUCAUCCCCUAGCUCUGGAAAAUUGGAGUAACCUGGCAAAAUGGGGAACGUUUUUGUCCUCCGUUGACAAUCUGAAAUCUCUGCCAGCUGCACUACCAUUUCCUUCAGUACAGAUUGGCUUUGCAGGCCGGAGGGGUUAGCAACACAGUGAGCACAGAUUCACCUGCGAACGUCACAGACACAGGUUAGUCACAGCUUGAUGAGGGAGAGAGGGAGGGGAGCAGGGGAGGCGAGAGGGGGUAGAGUGUGGGGGUGAGGUGGGAGGGGAGAAGGUGUAGAGUGUGGGGUUGAGAUGGGAGGGUGUAGAGUGUGGGGAUGAGGUGGGAGGGUGUAGAGUGUGGGGAUGAGGGGAGAGGGGGUAGAGUGUAGGGGUAAGGUGGGAGGGGAGAGAUUUUUUUUUACCAAAAUAAGUUGAGUUAUUGAGUGUCUUAGUGGGGGUGUUCCAAUGUUUUGGUGCGCAUUUGGUGUCUGUCUCUCUCUGCCUCACACGCUUUUUGAUACUACCUAUAUUGGCAGCACAAAGAUAUAUGAGAGCUGGUUGCAGGGUCCUCUAUCAUGGGUAUACACUGGAAAGAAUUGCCUUCUGAACAGGUCACUAUAACCACUAUCGUUUUUUCUGGGAAUCAUUUGUUUUUUCCAAUGGUGUUUAUAUGUCUAGUGAUUUAAGAAAUCUAUAUUUCCAUAACUUAAUGAGUGUUCUGACUCCUGCGAAGUUAGGGGGAGACCAACAGGUGCAUAUUUUCAACUUUGGAAUGCUUGGUUUUAUUUGUCCCCCAAAAAAUAUAAAUUGAUAUAAAAUAAGUGUUUUCUUUUUUCUUUUUGAUUCCUGCACUUCAGAACUACUGAGUUGUGACUUGUGUUGUUUUGUGGGUUUUCCACUGGUUCUAAGAGAAGAGAGAAAGGUUUGAAUUAGGAUUCUUGUCUUGCUAUACAUAUGUGAGUGCUUUUUUCUCUUCCUGCUAUACUGUAUAUUUGGUGGUAUGCUGUUCUGUUGUGAGUUCUGUACUUUGUUCUUGUAUCUUCUUAUUGAACUGUGUAGAAUUUAUAACAACUGAAAACCCAAGAAAAAACAACCAAACUCCCACAA